AUGAUUCUUCGGAGGCUUGUUCUUUCUGCAACAUCGAAUUCAAAUCCCAGAAGAAGCCAACCACUUUCUGCUUCUUCUCUCCGACUUCUCUCCUCUUCUUCUUCUGAAAGAUAUACGCCGUCGUCGCAACGAUACUCCGGCGACGAUAAACUCGCCAGACUAAACCACAAGGACUGGUUGGCGCCAAAUGAGGUUCUGAAAAUCUUCGAAAAUGUCAAAGACCCGAGCUUUCUGCUGCCGGCGUACCAACACUACUCUAAACGGAAAGAUUACCAGCCGACGGAACCACUCUACGCCCUCCUGAUCAACAAAUUCGGUCAAGCCAAGAUGUUCGACGAGAUCGAAGAGGUCAUGAAAAGAGUAAACCUCGAGAAAAGGUGCCGUUUUUCAGAAGAGUUCUUCUACAAUCUGAUGAAGAUUUACGGAAACUUAGCCGGAAGAAUCAACCGAGCGAUCGAGAUUCUCUUCCGUAUGCCGGAUUUCGGAUGCUGGCCAAGCGCCAAGAGCUUCAAUUUCAUUCUGAAUCUACUCGUCUCCGCGAAGCUCUUCGACGAGAUUCAUAACAUCUUCGUGAGCGCUCCUAAGCUGGGCGUGGAAAUCGACGCUUGUUGCUUGAACAUUCUCAUCAAAGGACUCUGCGAGAGUGGGAACAUGGACGCUGCACUCCAACUGCUCGACGAAUUUCCUAAACAAAAAUCGCGGCCUAACGUGAUGACGUUUUCACCGUUAAUCAGAGGUUUCUGUAACAGGGGAAAGUUCGAGGAAGCGUUUAAGUUGUUGGAGAGGAUGGAGAAGGAACGGAUCGAACCGGAUACUAUCACGUUUAACAUUUUGAUCUCGGGGCUUAGGAAGAAAGGUAGGGUUGAAGAAGGGAUUGAGCUUCUGGAGAAGAUGAAGCUGAAAGGGUGUGAACCAAACCCUGGGACUUAUCAGGAGGUGCUAUAUGGUCUCUUGGAUAAAAAGAGGAACUUGGAAGCUAAAGUGAUGAUGAGUCAGAUGAUCUCAUGGGGUAUGAGACCGAGUUUUCUUUCGUACAAGAAGAUGGUUUUGGGGCUCUGUGAAACGAAGUCGGUUGCGGAAAUGGACUGGGUUUUGAGGAGAAUGGUGGAUCAUGGCUUUGUUCCAAAGACAGGGAUGUGGUGGAAAAUUGUGAACUGUGUAGUUUCAAAGAACAAUGAAUCUCAAGCCGAUUUGAAUCGCAUCGUUUGA